AUUCAAAACGUCCUCAUUGAAGAUUUCAGUUUGUGUCCAUGUACUUCAGGUAUUCAUCGAGAAGCAUGGUGAAACUCUGGGUCUUGUUGUGCCUGGGAAUAGUUCAUGCAAGGAAGAAUGUUUUGUUUUUGGUUUCGGAUGAUAUGAGACCCAAUAUUGGUGCCUACGACGGACCAGAUUACCCAUCUCCAGUUCAUCCAAAGAUGCACACUCCGAAUCUUGAUGCGCUUGCUGCCAGAUCCCUCUUACUCAAGCGAGCUUACGUCUCAGUGGCUUUAUGCAGUCCAAGCCGGACGGCCCUCCUUACCAGCAGGCGCCCUGAAACAAGCCACAUCUGGUGCAUCGGACCUUACUUCCGGCAGUAUGGAGGUAAUUUCACUACACUACCCGAAUACUUUAAACAAAAUGGGUAUAGGACCAUCGGAAUGGGGAAAAUAUUUCAUCCAGGAUCAUCCUCCGGAGGUGACGAUCCCGUUUCAUGGACAGAUCCCUACACCCAUGCUGAUGAUGAUUACAUCAAAGCUGACAACGUCCUUAUAGAAGCAGUCUCAGAGGAAAGAGCUAAAGCACGACCACUACAGGAUCAACUUCUGGCCGAGUAUGCCAUCCAGGCAAUUAAGGAGGUGGCCCCAAAAGGUAAAUCGGGUGAGAAACCAUUCUUUCUGGCUGUGGGGUUCCGUAAACCCCAUAUCACCUGGAACUUCCCUGCCCGCUUUAAGGAGUACUACCCUCUGGAAAGUCUGAGGCUGCCACCAAAUUACUAUGCUCCUGUAGGAAUACCAGAAAUUGCUUGGCACAGUUUCGUUAAUCUGACUAUUUUUAAAGAUAUGCAACCCUACCACGUGGCAGACACUGGUCAUAUUAACUUUACAUUUCCCGACCAAAUCACUCUUGAGAUGCGACAAGCCUAUUACAGCUGCAUAAGCUACAUCGACUAUGAACUUGGAAGGGUCAUUGCAGAGCUCGAUAACCAGGGUCUGACUAAUAAUACCAUAAUAUCCUUCUGGGGUGACCAUGGAUGGCAUUUGGGGGAAAAUGGUGAAUGGGAAAAGAUGACGAACUUUGAAGCUGCCACCCAUGCUCCUAUGAUGAUUCAUGUUCCUGGAGUUACUGAUCAUGGUGUUGUCACCGAAAAAAUCACUGAAUUCGUUGAUCUGUAUCCUACGCUCGUUGAAGCUGCAGGUCUUCCUAAACUCGACAUGUGUCCACCAAACUCUCAAAAUGUCAGUCUGUGUACGGAGGGUACAAGCAUGGUGCCACUUAUGACAAACCCGACAUUAGACGAUUGGAAAAAUGUAGCAUUCUCUGAGUAUUCCAGAGUAGGCAAUGGAAUAGAAACGGAUUCAGUUAUUGGUUACAGCAUGAGAACUGAAGAGUAUCGAUACACGGAGUGGGUUAACUUCACGGCCAUGCCAAUCUAUAAACCGCUGUGGGACCAGCAACUUGGAGCUGAACUCUAUGACCACAUGAAAGACCCAGAGGAGAACUAUAACCGAGUAGAUGAUCCAGCUUACAAAGACCUCAGGGUUGAGCUGUCUAGAAACCUGAGGCUGGGCUGGAGAGGAGUUAUCCCUCACAGACGCGUUUGAAGUCAUCACCAGCAAAUUGUUACCGUUCGAAACUUCUCGAGAUAAAAAUGAUCCAAAUACA